GUUUGAGCACUAUGGUGUGUUAAACUUUGCCCAAACUACGCGCGCUUUCCAAAAAAGCAGUGGAGAAAAACAUCAGCUAACAUGAAUUUCGCUCAAGUUCACAGCGAUGUAAUGAAACUCCUAUUCGAGAAUCUUGCCAAGGAGUUCCGUGACAAGAAGACGGUUUCUACCCAAACGCUGAAUGAGCUGGAUCACUUCUUCAGAGCCCCCCUACAGCCGGCUAUGAGACUCAUUGACAGGCGUCGUGUCAAGCGGCUGACCUGCCCACGAGGACGGGUAGUCUACCAAGUCUCUGGCGAAACGCGGGCAUUCUACACUUGCCUGCCGAGUAGCAAUUUCUGCGCCUGCUAUUCGUAUCUGCACCAAGUGCUUCGAAAACAAGAGAUACCAAUGUGUAAGCACGUCCUUGCAUCAAGACUGGCAGAAGCACUUGGAGCCUGUGAAGAUGUCAGCUGCACGGAUGACACAAUGGUGUUCAUGUUGCAAAGUCUCUGUUGAUUAACAAAUUCCUGUGCUGUCACUGCUCUAACAAGCUAAGCAGGUAUAAUUAAUGGACUUUGUGCUCAAACCUUGUUCUAAUAUUAACACUCCCGACAUUUGUGCAGCUCGAAUAUUCUCUUUUUGACGCAUUCUCGUCGCCCAAACCACAAACUCAAUGUGUGAAGAGUUUAGCAAUGUGAAACGCAAGCACAGAUCGAUAAGAAGUGUAUAUAUUUUAUUCUGUAAAAAAAAUAUAUAUAUGUUCCAAAGCCA